AUGUCCGCGUUCAAAGCCUUGAACGUCGAGUCAGACAACGAGUCUGAGGACGAGGUCGACGAUACCAAAGAAAUCCAGAUCGAAGAUGCCUUGAAGCUCUACCAGACAGCUCUGAAGUAUCACUCCGAAGGCCCGCCGUCUUACGACAAGGCUUCCGAGGCCUACCAAGUCCUCUUUGCCUCCGAAAUAUUCAAAUAUGCAGAGUCCCUGUCCGAGUUCCGGCGCCAUGAACUCUACGGCGACAAGUUGGAGUUUGACAACAUUCUUCAAGAUGACUUUGAGGCGGGGCCUGUACAGCUACCUGGCGCAUCAGACGGCGCCCCCAAUACCCUGCCCCAAAUCCUACAUCUCUCUUAUAAGAACUAUGGCCAGUUUCUGCUCGAAUCGAUGCAGCAUCGCCUGCAGCAGGCCCACACGGAACCGGGACACUCAGAAACGGAUGCCGUUGCAAUACGCCGGAGUACCGAGGGCCCGUUGCGGUACUUCGCCGAAGCUCUGGACAAGGACGAUGCCGAUUUGGACUUGUGGUCACGAAUAUCCUCUGUAGCGGCCCUCGUAGGAAGCAGUCGCAUUACCCGCUUUUGCUUGGAAGCUGUGUUAGAUGGGGAUGACGAGGGCCUUGAGAGCAUCCUCCGGCUGCCAGGACUGGAGGAAGGCUUUGCAGGCCAUGAGUUGAAAGAACUAGCGGAGAAAUUGGAAGACGAUCUCUCGCUAAUGCAGGCUCCUCUAUCGUCUAUGAAGAGGAAGAAGUUAUCUAAACUGCUCAAAAGCCGACUCAACCCAUACUCCUUUGCCCCUCUGCCGUCUGAGGUCUCUAAGCUUAACUCCUCUGAAAUAUCUGGCCGUACUCCGAAACAAUAUGCCUUGAGCCCCGCCAAAAGGGAUUGGACCGCAGUAGGAGAGGUCAUACUACAUCAACACAUGGCAGAGCAAAGCGGGUAUGAAGACCUUGGACCUGGAUCAGGCAUUCAGAUCAGUCUUCCACCAGAUCCAGCUCGCGAACAUCACACUUCACAGCCAGGGAGCGCCCAUGCUCCUCUAAAUAUAGACCAUACUGCACAAUCAAAUCCGUCCACAUCUGGAGACGACAAACCAACAGACGACAUGGUGCAAAUCGAGGGUGCAAAUCCCGCAGACGACUUUUUGGUUCCAGACCGAGAAGGGUUAAAGCAACGUGACGUCGGAGCAACUGAGGAUGUCACCAUGGCUGAAGUUGACGCGGACACAACGGAGAAAGAGAAGGAAACUGAGGCAACCGCUGCUCCCGAGAUUUCCUCUGCACCAUCUCGUAAACGCUCUACUGAUUCCGCCGACCUUCCCGAAACGGCCGAUGGCGGUAGAGUGCGUAGUAAGAGAAUUCGCGCCCGAGAGUCCAUCGUAGAGGGCCCAGGAGGAGACGAUGCAGAAAUGGCCAAGCAAGCAGAGGACAUGCUUGCUGCCUUUCACAGGUCAGACGAUGUGACCUUUGGUACUUGGAUCAAGCAUCUUGAGAAGCUCGGCAUCGCAGGUCUUAUACCGCCAAAGCAACUGAGGGCCUUAUACAUUGAUUCGCAGCCCGACACACCCAUCGACUCCGUCGAUAGUACUAGCAAAGCAGUGUGCGAUAUGUUUUUCGUCAUGAAAUACAGUCCUUCGAAAACAGCUGCUGUUCUACUUAGCGGUGAAACGGUAGACUUGGGUGGAAUGUCACGAGAAGCGGGUCUGAACGCGUUUCUAGGAUAUGCCAAAUCUGGAGGGUCUCUCAGCUGUACGAAGCCAUUCCUGGGAGAUGAGGGACUAUCGCAAUUUGCAGACACAGUGAACUCCCACUGGUUGAGUAUGAAAGAGGUUGCGUUCGCGUGGCUUGAGACCUUACUGCUACCUGGAUCUGCGGCCGUAGCAGGGGUCUCCGGAGACGUCAAGGAAUCCACUUAUAUGCAUUUUCGGUGGACUGACGACUUAAAGCGACAUGUUGUUCAAGUCAUUGUUAUCCUAGACGAGUACAUAUACCAACGUCUACAACAUCAGAUCUUCGAGCUGAACUCCGAGCAACUUGAACAUCGGACAGCAGGGUUCUCACAGGAUUUUGAGGACAAAGAUACCGCUACAUUAGAGAUGGCGCAAACACUCUUCGAACUCCAUCUAGACAUCUACUCUUUGAUUCGGCAUCCCAAUAGCGGCGUUGAUGAGGGAACACAAACAAUUCAGAAAGACCGCCUGGAGCGAUGGGCAUUAAUGGCUCGAGACGUUGUAACGAUGCGAUCAACUGUCCGUCAAGCGGGCGACCUCGACCAGCUUGAACUGAGGCAUAUCUGGGCUUCUGCAUUCCAUAUCAGUGUUUGCGAAGAUGUGCCACCAGAACAUAUCCUCAAUUGUAUGGAUGAUCUGAAGAGGAUUUUCAAGUCAAUCGGCGAGCCGACAAUUCAGAUUCAGAACAAUGCCGUCAUGCCUGAACUGUCCGUCGCCGCUGUGGACCGAGAACUGGCUAAGAUCAGCAUGAAGGGCUUCUUCUUGAAGGUUUUCAACCACGACGAGAAGGAUCCUGUGGCCGUCAUAGAGAGCUUAGAACCGAUCCUGGAACCUCUGGACAAUAUGCAGCUGGACGUUGAGCCUAUCGCUAAUGGCAACGACCGUAGCCAAGACGAUGGUAGUAGCAAUGCAACAUUCGACGAAGACUCCGCUUCGCAUGAUGUCCAGGUGACGAACCCACUGCGAGAAAUGAGGAAGUUCCUCGACACUGCCAACGUUUCUCUUCGUCUUUCACUUUGGCAACGGCUUCGAGAAGCUUACGAAGCUAUUGAAUAUCCACCAAAGGUUGUCUCUUGCUACUUGCGAAGCGUCGAAGUCAUAACCAAGGAGUUCUGCUCGCCAACCUACCAGGACGCGCAAACCUCAGAUCGCUAUUUCCUGCUCCUUAGCAGUCUGCGCAUCAUCGAUGAAUUGUUGAUCAAAAUCUUGCAAUUGGUCAAAGGCGACGAUACGGCAUUCGACUGCAUAGACUAUGAACACUUGCAAACAUCGAUGAAAGCGAUCACUCAAUUUCUCGAGAUCAUGACGGCAGCCAACGUCUACGAAGACCUAGUGCGCGUCCAACAUAUACCGACACCAAAGUACGAUGGAUCGCAGAAUGCUUUGAAGUACAAUGCAGUGUUAAGGAAGGUGCAUGACAUGCAAAUGCGUGCAUGGAUUCUUCAGUACUCCCUCUUCAAAGAGGGAAUCGUCCAAAACGCCGGGGUCUUCCCUACACCCGAUGAAGACAAGUACAUGUUCCUUCGUGGUGUACAUUACACUACCGGGCUGCGAGGUUUCUGCCAUGCCGCAGGUCGCACGUUCCUUAGGCUUGUAAAAGACGAAAUUGUGCGAUUUAGUGAUUCCACCGAUGGGGUAUUCCCCGAUAUCGACAUUGAGCUGUCACAAGUUUUGUACGAUUUGUAUGGUUUGAACACUUUCACGGAUCCUUCCCAACUCAUUGAUUUUGAUUCAAAACCGGAAGUACUAGAGAGGAAGACGGCAACUCAGCUUCUGGCAUUCCUCAUGUCGCAGUCGCGGAAGAUGAACACAAAGGACUUGCCGAAGAGCGAGCUCAAGGUCGCCAUUGAUAAGGUGCAUGGAGCACUUGGCCGGCCAAAAGCGAAUGAUGACAUGGCGAUGAAUCGUAAGAUUCUCAAUUCGUUCAUCAAGUCCCCCAUCAACCCAAUCGAUCUAUUCAGAUGUCUCGAAGGCGUUGGCACGCUAUCCGUCAAACUCAUCACUCCGGGCCGUGCCAUUGCAGCCUCGAAAGGCUGGUACUACGUUAUGGGUUCCAUCUCUCUCGAUAAAUUCCGGACUCAGAAACGCAUAGCCGCAGGGCCAACCGAGGAUAUCAAUAUUGCUGCAGCCUUUUUCAUGCAAGAUCUUGAAUACUCGACGGACCGAUGGGAAACGUGGUAUCGUCUGGCACAGGCGUACGAUUUACAGCUGGAGGAAGCCGUGUCGUGGACUGCGGAGAAGUUAAACAGCAACAGUCUCGAGAUUUUGAACUUUCAACGGCAUGCUAUACACGCCUACACGAUGGCAGUCGCAUGCGCAGUACGGGAUGCCGACUCUUCCCCGCAGACUAUCGCGAAGGUUUCACAGAUGUAUGAGGACUUUGGCAACAGAAUCUAUUCCUCUUCGAGGGAGCCAUUCAGUAUGCAUGCGUUCAACCUUCGCGAAACGGAGCAGAAGUACUUCAGUGUACAAACUAUCUUCCAAGGAGAACCAUUCUCUCCUAUGCGGCCAUUUUCGGCUUGGAAAUUAGCCAGCGUGCUGUUCAAGAGGGCCAUUGCGGGCAAUCCGAACAAGUGGCUGAACCACUAUAUGCUAGGAAAAUGCCUCUGGAAGAUGCACUGUGCCGACGUGAUUACUCGAGGCAACAGCAAGGUUCCCAAUUAUGGAGAGGUGGUGAACGCCAUCGUACGAGCAAUCGACGUGCUGCCAAAGAAGGACAAUCGCCGCGAACCAAUACUGGAGCCUCACUACAAGCUGGUGUCAAUAGUCUACAAGUUGGUUCAUCAAAAGGAGAUUGAGCCUGAGCUUGGGAGUGAGAUUCUGGAGAACACUUCGUACGCGAAGAACAUCCCAGCAUGUACCGACCUAGACGAAUGGGAACACUACAUUCUCCAAGUUCUCAAGGCUCUGCGUAGCGCAGACAAAGCGGGCUGGCAUCAUCGCAUGACUGCCCGCGCCGCACAUGUCAUCUACGACGACUCUGCGGAAGACUAUCCCGUCGCUCUAGGUGCUAAAUCCGAAUUCACGGCGCAGAUGUUUACAAAGACAAUGGCCGUGCAGGUUUGGAAACCAGAGAACGAACGCCCAGGCCGCCAUUUCGUCUACACAACUCGCUACACGCGCUUCUUCGUGCGCCUCCUCGUUCAGACCGGCGACCGCGCCAACCUCGAAACCCUCGCCCGACGCAUCCGCAAAAAACCCCACGAGUUCUUCGAGCACGCAAAGCUCUGGGGCGAGCUUUGCCUCGCGUACCUGAAACUUCUCCGCCGCAUGGGCAAAGUCCCAGAGGGCCACGAAGACGCUGUCUUCAAGUCUCUCAAUCACGAUGAUUUCACAGCCCGCAGCACGCGUCUGGAUCAAUGGUGCCACGCAAAUCCAACCCACCCCAUCGUUGAGGUCCUCCGCGAGGUCAUCGAGCUUAAGAAACUCAACAACGGUCUCAUGAAAGCCCUCCUCAUUGACGACCUCAUCGGCGACGCGUAUGCUCUGCUAUACGCGCAGGUUGGGCCGAAUCUGGAACCGCCUCAGCCGCCUGUACCGCAACACCAGGCCCCGGCGAAUAUGAUGAACCUCUCGAGCCUGAUGAAUAUGCAGACAGAUGGCUCCUCAGACUCGAAACCGACAUUCCAUACUCACGGCAUGCCACCGCAGCAGGAACAGCAAGCGCCCCGCCCACGCGCUAAAGGCGUUGGUCGUAGAGAGUUGCAGAAGAAGGCGGAGGCGGCGGUGCUGAGGCCGCCCGCGCCUGCGGUGCCGAUGCCGAUUCGCAGUCCGCCGACCAGUGCGCGAACAUCCCUCGCUGACCUCGUUACCAUGGGUCUUGUUCCUGGCUCCGGCUCCGGCCAGUCCUCUGACAACACGACACCCAAUUUGACUGUGCCAGUCCUUCCGAGCAAUGCGCCCCCUGAGAACCGGCUGCAGGUCCCGCUUUCUGCGGCUGCGAGCUUGAAAGGAGAGGGGUUAGGAGCGGGUGGGAGUGCGCCGGUGAGUGUGCCGGGGUCUGUGCAUGAUAGCGCGGAUGAUGAAAGCGAGUUGAGCGAAUUGGCGGAGGAGGAGGGAGAAGAGGAUGAGAAGGCCAAGGGCGUCUUCCCGAAUCUAGCUGCCAAGGGAAAGACAGUGGGGGAUUGGAGUGGUGGGAAGAGUGCUGAUGUGGAGGAGACAGAGGUGUGA